CAGCGUGCAUUAGUUUCCUCUUUCGUCUUGCCCAGCUGAUCAGCUGUCCGCAGUGGAGGAAGCUGGAGACGGAGAGCUUCCUCACACAAUACUGUAAAUUCCAACGGAUUGCUAAUGAGAUGCAACAUAUGGAAGGCGAACUGUACAGAUUGAAUGACUGACAGCAUGGCGUCAAAAAGCUACCCAAAACCCCAGCAAGCUCUCCCUGCACGAACAGCAUUAUUUCAACAGAGGGAUGGUAAAACAUACAGAAUUCCUGCUCUUAUCUACAUCAGUGAUGGUCAGACUUUCCUUGCCUUUGCUGAAAAGCGCAACUCUCCACGUGACAGUGAUGCAAAAGUGUUGGUCAUGAGGAGAGGCUCACUGCAAAAUGGAUCCCUUCAAUGGUCUCCUGUUCAGAUACUAUCUUCUGCCUGUUUGGAAAAUCAUCGCACUAUGAAUCCUUGUCCAGUCUAUGAGAGUAAAUCCAAAACCAUCUAUCUGUUCUUUGUCUGCAUAUCGGGCGAAACCACAGAGUGUCACCAGAUUUCUACGGGUAGGAACCAAGCCCGGCUGUGUUACAUUACUAGUACAGACUAUGGCCAGAACUGGAGCAAGUUAACAGAUUUAACAGAUAGUGUUAUCGGAGAUGAGAUUUGCAACUGGGCUACUUUUGCAGUUGGACCAGGACAUGGGAUUCAGAUGAAAAGCGGAAGACUAAUCAUUCCAGCUUAUGCUUAUUACAUACACUGUAGGUGUUUUCCCUUCCAUUUUCCACUCAUAGUCAGGCCUCAUGCUUUAUCAUUCUAUAGUGAUGAUUGUGGUGUCACCUGGCAGAUGGGCGGGAAAAUCCAAAUGAAAUCCUGUGAAUGUGAAAUGGCUGAGAUCAUAGACCAUGCUGAUCGGAGUCAUUUGUACUGCAAUGCCCGUAGUACACGUGGCCAUAGAGUGGAGGCUUUAAGUGAAAGCAGCGGAGCAGCUUUUGACAACCCUCACGUUGCAAAGAAACUGGUGGAGCCUCAUCACGGCUGCCAGGGUAGCGUGUUGAGCUUCCCUGUGCCCGAGCCAUCGGAGGAAGAGGAGAAGAAACCAAGUGAUUGCUUGACGCAGUUAGACACAAAAACUUGGUUACUCUACUCCCAUCCAACUAAUAAAAAGAAAAGGAGGGAUCUUGGAGUUUACUUGAGUAAAUCACCCUUGAAUUUUUCUGGUUGGGGCCGACCAUGGAUCAUCCAUAAGGGUCCCAGUGGAUACUCGGACUUGACGCAGUGUGAGGAGCGAUUUGCUUGCCUCAUGGAGUGUGGAGAAAAAAGUGAGAUUGAAGAGAUAGCCUUUGUAGAAUUCAAGCUCAGCGAUGUAUUGUGCACUUGAAAUGAUGAAAGAGUAAAUGAACUUUAUUAGGACUUCCUGUGGGAUCUUUUAACAUUUGCUUCUGGGUUAGAUUUCGAUCUUUCUGCAAGGUUAUAAAAAACUGGCGAGAAAAUAGCAGUAUUUGGAAUUCAGAUAAAUUUAUCUGAGGUGAAUCCCAGCAGCUUUCGAAAUCAAGAAACUGUCUGAUAUAAUAAAUUAAGCUGUUAUUGUGAUAAUUGAAUUAUGCCUUUAUUGGUACUGGCUUGAUACAUGUAAGACAUGCUUUACCUUGUAUUUAUUUUUUGUAAUAUAAGACAUAUGCCUAUUAUAUGCCCAUUGACCUUAGUUGUAGGACUUAAAGGUGGUCACUGCUCAUUUGUAUGUCAUAACUCUUUGAGAGCAUUCACUGAAAUGACUGCAUAACUGCAUGCUAAAGUUAAAAUACUAAUUAUGCUUGGACAAUAAAAACAGGUGAUUGAUAUACUUACACACACACACAUAUAUACACAUAUAUAUAUAUAUCAGUGGCGUUUCCUCCGAGGAGGCAAGGAAGGCAGUGCCUCCUCAAAAAAAAAAAAAAAAAAAAAUAGGAUGAGAAAAUAAUCCAUAUUACAUAUAAAACAACACAAAUAUUACAAAUUACGACAUUAAAAAGAGCGCAAGUCACUCGUAUUUCUAAAGAAACACUGCCCAACAGCGACACCCGCAGGUAAAGUUACAGCAGGAGACAGGAGCCAUGCCUCCCUUUUCACUCAUACAAAACCAUUGUGUGUGUGCGUGUGUGUGUGUACAGUGUAGGCCUAUAUGUAUCAGCGGUUUGGAUUGCGUGUCAAACUGCUGAAAUCACAUGACUUUGGCGCUCCGAACCUCUGAUUCGAAACAAAAGAUUCGAAGCAGUGUUUUGAAAUCGCCCAUUACUAGAUAUUGUUGAAAAGUCGUUAUUUUGUUAUUUUUGGCGCACAAAAAGUAUUCUCGUCGCUUUAUAAUAUUAAGGUUGAACCACUGUACUCACAUGAACUGUUUCAAAUAUGUCUUAGAACCUUUAUGGAUCUUGAGAGGUUCGGAGGCCUCACUGAGCCAUCGGAUUUUAUCAGAAAUAUCUUAAUUUGUGUUCCGAAGAUGAACGAAGGUCUUACGGGUGUAGAAUGACAUGAGGGUGAGUAAUUAAUGACAGAAUUUUCAUUUUUGGGUGAAUUAACCCUUUAAGCAAUAUCACAAGAAAGAGGGCUGUUUUCACAGAUAUGAGCACAAUUGCAAACAUGAUAUUGGAUUUUUUACAAAUGUUCAAUAAACAAAAUUUUAUUUUUAAAACAUUAAUCUCAACAUCAUUUAUGCAUUUAAUUGUACCAAUUCAGAUGCAACUUGUGCUCCACCUCUGCAGUGUAAAGAUGAAUUUUAUUGUUAGUGAUGAAUUGACUGGUCAAUUGUGAUUGGUCACAGCUAAUGUCUUAUUAUUCUAAUUGUAAUUAUUGAUUAAAAAUAAAAAAAUAUUGAAGAAAAAAAAAAUCUGAUAUCAGUAAAUAUGGAUCUUUCAGAUGAAUUUGAUGAGUGCUAGUCUUGUCUUGGUCUUGACUCGGUCUCGGUCUUAUCUUGGUCUCAACCCCCCAUAGUCUUGGUCUCAGUUUAGGUGGUCUUGACUACAACUCUAAGAAAUAAUAUGGAUAAUUUUAGUGUGGUUAUGAUUUUAAUCAAGAUGAACAAUAUAUUGUACUAAUAUAUAAUAUUAAAACGAUUUUAAGUUG